AUGGAGAACCUAGCCAUCUCCGAUGCCCCUCCACAGGGCCGCGGUGCGCCGCAACCGCUGCCUCAGCUGCCGCCGCAGAUGUUCACCACUGCCGCACAGCUCUUGGACCUCACAGACAAGAAGCUCAUGAUCGCUUUGCGCGAUGGGAGAAAACUCAUUGGUGUUCUAAGAAGCUGGGAUCAAUUCGCCAACCUCGUCCUCCAAUCCACCGUCGAACGCAUCUUUGCGCCAUCCCCCGAGUCAGCAGGCAGCGAUCGACCAACAGGACUGUACGCGGAUAUAAAUCACGGCACAUUCCUCGUCCGCGGUGAAAACGUACUGCUCCUCGGCGAGAUCGACCUCGACAGGGACGAUGAGCCGCCGCCUGGCUUCGAGCUUGCCGAGCUAGACGUUGUCAAGAAGAUCGCAGAGGAGAAGAAGGCGACCGAAAAGACCCGAGACAAGGCACGUGUGAAGAAGCUUGCGCAGCAUGGCUUCGAGGGGGAGAACAUUGGCGAGAUUGUGCUGUAG